GUAACACAGGAUCUUCAUCGGCUGCAGACUUUCCGCCCUUCACUCAGCAGAACAUGUCUCCUGGGAAAUCGUCUACUUCGACUCGCACCUUUUCUCCUGCCAGUGGGGAACCAUCCAUUCCAUCUCGCGAGACCGUUUCUCCUGAGGGAUCAUGUGCUCUGACUCACGAUCUGACUGGGCCAGUGCAAUUGAAACAUGCUCGACCUCGCGUCAUUCAUGCCUGCGAUGAAUGCCGCAAUAAGAAAAAAAAGUGUUCUGGGGAGCAGCCACUGUGUCUGAGUUGUCAAAAGGCGGGAAGGGUAUGCACCUGGACACCUAUAAAGACCUCGAAAAAUCGCCCUUGUCUUAAGUAUGGUGUGGUCAAGUUGCGUCGACCACCAUCUUAUACAGACGAGCGGAACUCCAUGACUACUAGGCAGCUCCACAUUGCGGCACCAAAACCAACGUAUCCCAUCAAGCUUCAUGAUAUGCAUGGUGCAGCUGCUUUGGCGUCCGCCAUGCGGUAUCCUCAAGCAGCGAGCUCACCUUUGGGGUCUGAGUUUCCGGCGCAUAUAGCCACCCGUCGGACGGGAGCUGUUGACUUCGGCUGGAGUGACUCAAGUUCGACUGACUGCAGUCAUGAGUAUACUUCGCUGCCUCCCACCAAUCCUCCAUAUCUUGACAGUGUCUUGUCUUGUGUACAUCCUCUCCACAUGCGACGACUGUGUCAUGAAGAUAUCUACCGCCGGGCCCUCGCCGGCCAGUAAUACUUUACAAGGAGACAUAUUCCUGUCAGACAUGUGCAUCCCGUCCCACGUCUCAUUCUAACCCUCCCUGGGUGUUGACACGACACUAUCUGUUUGCCCGACUUUGGACUGCGGUAUGGACGCUAUCGUUUCACUUACAUGGACACUUCAGAGAUGGACUAUUACCUACACGGGCGCUCCAGUGAUGGGCUACAUUAUAGAUAUCGAUAUCCUUAUUACACACGCUUCUGCGAUGGGCUAUUACAUUAUGG